CCUUUGUGUCGGGAGCCGCUCCCGCCAUUACAAGAUGGCGCCGGUUUCCUGCUUCCUGGUUCUUCUUGCCAAACGUUGUCUUGCGAUGUACGCAUGCGCCACUUUAUGCUAAUGUAGGUUUGGUUGUUCUCCCUAUUGGAGAACACAUGCUAAUUGGGUUUUGUGUAAAGCACCAAUCACAGACGAGCAAGUCACCCUGCUGGCUAUUUAAGCAGAGCACGCACAGGGUUUGGGGUCCUUCUCCAUCUACUUUCAAGAGCUUCGCAAUAAAACUGCUGCUGGACAAAUCCUCUGUUGCCGCGUCAUCCUUAUCGGCAAAGGCUGCGCGCGACAAGUGGUGCCGAAACCCGGGAACCUGCCGAACCCAGGGCAGAGGGACGACUCGAAGGACCCCCGACUGCUCGUCGGAGGAGGAUUCAAGCCAGCAGUGUGAGGAACCGCGGUACUUUUCUGCAAGGAUCGGGAAGAUCCAAUCUGAGUUCCAGCGCGACUGACUCGGGUGGUGAAGCACGAUGACCCUGCUCCUGAUCCUGCUGCUGAACGGGAUGCUGAGGAGCCAAGAGGUGGAAGGCCAAGAGAUUCGAUGGGGAAUCCUGUCAGCCUUCCCUCGGCCCAUGCCGGUGAUGCAUGAUGCACAAGUCUUCCCAAGAUUCUUCACAACUAAUGACUCUUUGGGGCUACCGUAUUUGCCAAUAUCUAGAGACAUAGCUCCUAUUCAAAAUAAUGAAUGUUUGGAGUAACCUUGGUUGCAGGACUGCUCCUCUGUUUUUGGUUGCUCUGCAAUUUUAAAAAAAAACAGCAGCAAACAAAAAAUGUGGCUAUAGUCCAAGCCAUGUUGGCUGUAGAGCAGGGAGCCUCUCCUCAAGUAUGGCUAAAUAUGCUCAGCCGUUGAGACACUGUCAGAACUAAAAGCAAUCCUUACGGGCACAGGUUCCCAUUGCACUAGGAAGCUGUUCUUGGCAGACCUUUGCGCCCCCCAGGGCUCAGGUUCCCAUUGCACGGGGCUAAGGGCGUAAAGGGUCUCAUACACUGUGUAACCUCCUUGAUCGCUGAUGCUGUUGAGUCAGCAGGCUGAUCGGAAAACUCAUGGUGUAGUUACGGAUCAUUUUUGGCUGAUUUUAAUAUAAUUUUUAAGGGGGAGAUGUCGGGAGCCGCUCCCGCCAUUACAAGAUGGCGCUGGUUUCCUGCUUCCUGGUUCUUCUUGCCAAACGUUGUCUUGCGAUGUACGCAUGCGCCACUUUAUGCUAAUGUAGGUUUGGUUGUUCUCCCUAUUGGAGAACACAUGCUAAUUGGGUUUUGUGUAAAGCACCAAUCACAGACGAGCAAGUCACCCUGCUGGCUAUUUAAGCAGAGCACGCACAGGGUUUGGGGUCCUUCUCCAUCUACUUUCAAGAGCUUCGCAAUAGAACUGCUGCUGGACAAAUCCUCUGUUGCCGCGUCAUCCUUAUCGGCAAAGGCUGCGCGCAACACCUUUGUAGACCAGGCUGGCCUCAAACUCAGAGAUCCCCCUGCCUCUGCCUCCCCAGGGCUAGAACUGAAGCCAAGCACCACCAAGCCUGGCUUUACACUUGUUUAUUGUGGAGAACACUUAAGUGACGCGCAUACGUGCGCCACUUGGCUGUUUCUCUGCUCCCACUGUGAGUCCUGAAGCUACGACUCAGCUCUCGAGGCUCCGCGCCAACUCCUCCACCAGGAGGGCCAUCUUGCCGAGCCAACGUGGCUGGGUUUGCCUUUACUUUGUUUUGCGAGAGGGUCUCACUCUGUAGCCCCGGCUGGCCACAGACUCACCGAAAUCCACCUGCCCCUGCCUCCAGAGUGCUUGCCUUUGAGCUGUGUGCCACCACAUCAGCACCACAAGGUCUGUUUUCUGAGACAAGACUCCACUGUGUAGCCUUGGCUGGCCCGGAACUCUAUGCAGCGGGCCAGGCGAGCCUCAGGCUUGUGGCCGUCCGCCUGCAGCUACCUUUACUAAGACUACAGGAACGAGUCUGGCUUCUUGCGGCUGUUCUCUCUCUCUCUCACUUUCUAACAUCAUAUUAAUUAGAUAAUUGUGAGUUUUACAGAAAUAAAAUACUCAUGACACAUGUAAAACACUCGUGUACAUGCAUUUUAAUCACACUCACCGCCACUGUAUCUCCUGUCCCUGUCCCCUUCCCAACUAGUUCUCCUGCUGCCUGGUGAUUCUUGGUUUGGGUUUUGAUGACUCAAUAAGUUUCAUGAGGGUUUUAAUAGCUGUUAUCCCAGUAAAGAAACUGUCUCUUCUUUCCUAACAACCGUAACAACCGUAACUAUCUCUAAGGGCGGGGCCUCGCUUAGCACCUCUUUAAAAACAUAAAUACACUCUGAGAUUUGCUCAUGUAUAUCGAGUGUUUUCUCUGCAUGUAUAGGACGCAGGUGCCGUGAAGGUCAGAUGAGGGCAUCCGAGCCUCGGAAACCGGAGUCACAGGCGGUGGCGAACCGCUGCGAGGAUGACGAACCUGAACCUGGGUCCUCUUAACCCCCUAGCUAACCCUUCAGCACCUCCCCUUUAAAAAACAGGCAAAACAAGCUGGUUGGUGUUCCCGCCUCAUCCAGCUUUGCUCAUUCAUUACUGCCUAAUAAUUUUACGCCCUGUGCACUCUGUUUCCUCAGGCCCAAGCAGGAAGAAAAGGAAAGACAAGUGAAUAAAAAAAAAAUCUAGUAACGGAUGAGCUCAAAGAGAGAGAGAGAAAGGAAGGAAGCUCGCAGCCCCGCCUGCCUCUCCAAGUUACUCUAAGGCCAGAGCGCUCUCGCUUUCUAAUAUAUUAAUUAGAGAUAAUUAUGAGUUUUAUAGGACAAAAUACUCAUGACAUCCUUAUCUAAAGCACGCGUAUACCUGCAUUUUAAUCACACUCACCGCCCCGGACGCGGCAGAGUCUUACUAGAUCAAACCAAUCAGGAGCGCUGAGGAGGGCGGGUUUGGCCGCCGAAGAGCACCAAUCAGCGUGCAGCCGGGCGGAAGCGAGACAACACCCACCAAUGAGGGCGGCCGUACGGCGGAAGUGCACCGCGGAACGCUCGGGAAAAUGGCGCCCUCCGCCUGCCACAAUUCGGCCGGAGGAAACUCUGAUCACGAGGCGAUCGUCCUACGAGCGACCGCUCAGAGGCAGAGUCACGACACGGCGCGGGCCGAGCUUAAGGAGGGGGUCGAGACACAACUCCGCGAUCUGGAGCUCGGGAAGGCUCCAGAGGGCGGAGUCCGCGGGAGGCCGGAGCGGGGACGCCGGAAGAGGCGUGGCCGGAAACGGGCGGGCCCCCUGCGCUCCGGACGCGAAGACCCGGAUCGGGACGCGGGCGGGCGGGCCUGCGCUGAGCCGGGGGCGUGGCCAGUGCGGCGCGGGGCUGGGGCGGGGCCAGGAGGCGCCCGGGGCCCCGCGGGGAGGGAUCGGGGUCGGGGGCCGGGCCCGGGGCUGCAGGGUCGACGCCGGCGAGGUCCUGCGGCAGCGGCGACAGCAGACCGGCUCCGCCCGCAUCGUCCCUCGCGCCGCUCAGCCCUGGACUCGAAGGCCCCCUGGUCCCGCUGAGCGCUGCCCGCGGAUGUCCGACCUCCCGGAGCCCGCAUGCGCCGUGGUGCGCCCCGGGACCAGGAGCUGGUGGGGGCGGGGACCCCCGGGCGGGGGCCCCGCGGCCGCCCUGCUCCCCCGGGGCCCGUGGUCCCGGUGCUCGUCUUCCCCCCGGAUCUAGUGUUCAGGGCGGACCAGCGGAGCGGGCCGCGGCAGCUGCUGACCCUGUACAACCCGACGGGGACCGCGCUCCGCUUCCGAGUGCUGAGCACCGCGCCCGCCAAGUACACGGUGUUCGAUGCAGAAGGACGCGUGAAACCCCAGUCGUACGUUGACAUUGUGAUCCGGCACGUGGCCCCCAUCCCCAGCCACUAUGACGUCCAGGACCGCUUCCGCAUUGAGCUGUCGGAGGAGGGGGCCGAGGGGAGGGUGCUCGGCCGGAAAGACAUCACCUCGGUUCUCAGGGCGCCGGCGUGCCCCCUGGAGCUGCAGGCGCACCCCGAGCCGCGGCCCGCCGCAGGGCCGCCUGUGUCGGCGGGACCAGCCCCGGGCAGACCUCUUCCCGACAGCAGGACACUGUUGCUGAAGCAUUCCUCUGCUGGUGGCAGAACCAACUUCUUGGGAUUCCAUCAUAGACUGAAGACCUCUGGGAGUCCAGCACCAGAUCUGACUGCUGAGAUAUCCAGCCUCGGGGAUCUGGUUAGCUACCACAUCCUGGUUCUUUCAAUCUGGACAGAGCCGUGGUUGAACGGCCCAAACGGCAGCCUGUGAGUCAUUCCACCGAGGCCGCGUCUUAGAGACGCCAUGUCCACGGCAGCUCUUAUAAAGGAAACAGUUCAGGCGUUCAGUCCGUUAUCCUCACGGUGGGAGCGUGACAGCAUGCAGGCAGACUCGGUGCUGGAGAAGCAGCUGAGAGCUCUUCAUCCCGAUCCGCGGGCAGCAGGAGGCCGUGGGCCGCACUGGGCUGAGCUUGAACACGGGACCGUAAGGCCCGCCCCCCAGUGAUGCACUUCCUUCGUCAAGGCCUCACCCCCUAAUAGUGCCACUCCCUGUGGCCAGGCAUUUACACACGGGCCCUUCCUACUCACCCCUCCCCCAGGCCCUCACUCUUCCUCUCAAUUCUGUUCCUUGAGAGAACCUGGACUGAUAAGCUGUACCAGCCCAGUUUUAGGGCGACAGUGGUGUGUGGGUGUGGGGGGUGAUGGUGGAGGCCCGGAGCAGGCCUCAGAUCCCCCCUCCAUCGUUGUUGCAGUAAAACAGCAUGACCAAGGCCACUUAUAAAACAGAGCGUUUCCUGAGGACCUACGCUUUCAGAGGGUCAGAGUUCGCGAUGGCAGAGCAGAGAGGGCUGGUAACGGGGCUGGAGCAGCAGCGAGAGUUCGCCGCAGGCAGGAAGCAGACAGCACUCUGGGAAGCGUUAGUCUUCUGCAGCCCCACACCCGGGACAGGCCUUGGCCUGUGAGGCAGAGCCCCCAGCUAGCGGCCAAGAAUUCAACAGCUGAGACGUCCAGGACAGCUCGUUCAAACACAGCCCCACAGAGGACUUACAGGCGGUUGUGAAACAGUGGUGGAGGUCCUGGAUCUAGUUCACACCCUCUGGAAGAGAGCAGUCGGACCUCUCGGCCUCAGUGGGUCUCAGUGGGAUUUUUCUUUUUUAAAUUAAUUUAUGUUCAUGUACAUUUGGUGUUUGGAAUACAUUUACGUCUGUGUGAGUCAUAAAUGGGAUCUUGCUAUGUACUCCUAGCUGGUCUGGAAAAAUUUCUAUUUCUUCUUCUUCUUCUUUCUUUUUCUUCUUAAGACAGAGUCUCACUAUACAGCUCUGGCUGGUUUCCAACUCACUCUGUAGACCAGGCUGGCCUUGCUCACAGAGAUCUGCCUGCCUCUGCCUCUGGUGUGUGCUGGGAUUAAAGGCCUGUACUACCAUGCUU